AUGCCGCAAGGGGAUUACAUAGAGCUCCACAGGAAGAGACAUGGCUAUCGCCAUGAUCACUUUGAACGCAAGCGCAAGAAGGAGGCUCGUGAAGUUCACAAGCGUUCCCAAAUUGCCCAAAAGGCACUGGGUAUCAAGGGCAAGAUGUUUGCCAAGAAACGCUAUGCCGAAAAGGCCCAAAUGAAGAAAACAUUGGCUAUGCACGAGGAAUCCUCAACAAGACGUAAGGUGGAUGAUGAUGUUCAUGAAGGAGCUGUUCCUGCCUACCUUCUUGAUCGUGAAACAACAACUCGGGCAAAGGUUCUCAGCAACACUAUAAAGCAGAAGAGGAAGGAGAAAGCUGGCAAGUGGGACGUGCCUCUACCCAAGGUCAGGCCUGUGGCUGAAGAUGAGAUGUUUAAAGUAAUCAGAUCUGGUAAACGGAAAACCAAGCAAUGGAAGAGGAUGGUCACCAAAGUCACAUUUGUUGGACCAAGCUUUACAAGAAAACCUCCUAAGUAUGAGCAUUUCAUCCGCCCUACAGGGUUACGUUUCACUAAAGCUCAUGUAACGCACCCUGAACUGAGAUGUACUUUUAAUCUUGAGAUCAUCGGAGUGAAGAAAAAUCCAAAUGGUCAAAUGUAUACCUCUCUUGGUGUUGUGACCGCAGGCACCAUUAUCGAGGUGAAUGUCAGUGAACUUGGUUUGGUCACACCUGCUGGAAAAGUUGUAUGGGGGAAGUAUGCUCAAGUGACAAAUAAUCCUGAGAAUGAUGGUUGUAUUAAUGCUGUUCUCCUUGUAUAG